AUGUCUUGGACAUCUUUUGCAUGUUUGCAUUGGCGUCAUGAAUUUAGCCAACUUACGUGCCAACGAACAGUGUCCAGCCUCUGGACGACCGUGCAGAGGUGCCAUUGGGCACCUACCAGUUUUCCAAUGGCCGGUUUAUCAAAAAGUCUUAAUUUUCACGGAACAGCGAUAACACUCAGAGUAUCUUUUUUCUUCAGCUUAAUAAUUAGGAGAACCGAGGAGGGAAGGACGCCAGAGGGUGGGCGAAAUGGCCAACUAAUGAAGGAGGCAAGAGACUCGCUUCACCGACAAACAGGCCCAGACACGGAAGUCCGGGCCGCGGUUGUCGGGCCGGAUAAACAGCAAACUUUCAUUCAAGAGAAGAGAUAG